GGGCGGCGGCGCCGCAUUGCAGACGGGCACGGAGGGGGAAGCGAUGGCGCGGCCGCUGAUCCUCGGGCUCCUCAGCCUCUUUGGGCUCUUGGCUGCCGCUUUGGCAAGCCCUGUGCUGUGGCAGAAGGAGUGUGUGAAGGGGCCGGAGGUGUGGUGCCAGAGCAUCCGCACGGCGUCGCGGUGCGGGGCGGUCAAGCACUGCCAGCAGAACGUCUGGAACAAGCCUGUCGUGAGCAGUAUUCCGUGUGACUUGUGUAAGGAGCUUGUGACUGUUGCUGGCAAAAUUUUGAAGGAUAAUGGCACUGAGGAUGAGAUCCGCUCUUACUUGGAGAAGACGUGUGAGUUUCUUCCUGACCCAGGCCUUGUCUCUGAGUGCAAAGAAAUUGUGGAUUCCUACCUACCAGUUAUCAUGGAUAUGAUCAAGGAAGAGCUUGAUAAACCUGAGGUUGUGUGCAGUGCUCUUGCUCUGUGCCAGUCCCUUCAGAAGCACCUUGCAGCAAUGAAGCUCCAGAAACAGCUCCAGACCAACAAGAUCCCAGAGCUGGAUUUCUCUGAGCUGGCAUCCCCAUUCAUGGCUAAUGUGCCUCUCCUCCUUUACCCUCAGGACAAGCCUAAGCAGAAGCCUAAGGCCAGUGGGGAUGUGUGCCAAGAUUGCAUUCAGCUGGUCACUGAUGUUCAGGAAGCUGUGAAGACAAACUCCUCUUUUGUGAAGUCUUUGGUUGCUCAUGCCAAGGAGGAGUGUGACCGUUUGGGACCUGGGAUGUCUGAUAUGUGCAAGACCUACAUCUCUGAGUAUUCUGACUUGGCCAUCCAGAUGAUGAUGCACAUGAAGGAUCAGAACGUGGUGUUUCUGGCAGCUUUAAAGAAGCAACCAAAGGACAUUUGUGCCAUGGUUGGGUUCUGUUCUUCUGUCAAGUCUGUUCCCCUUCAGCCUCUGGUGCCAGCUCAGGUGGUUCAUGAGGUGAAAAUGGAAAUUGUGGAGGAAAGCUGGUUGAUUUUUGAACAGCAGAGCCUGCACUCAACCCAGAGCUACAAGAAGGCCUCAGUCCAAGAGAAGACUUUUUCCUUGUGUGAAAUCUGUGAGACCAUGGUGAAAGAAGUGACUGGCCUCUUGGAGAGCAACAAGACAGAGGAGGAGAUUGUGCACGAGAUGGAGGUGGUGUGCCGCCUGUUCCCGGGCAGCGUCAAGGACCAGUGCAAGGACUUCAUCGAGGUCUAUGGCCAGGCUGUCAUUGACAUGCUCCUGGAGGCAACAAGUCCUGAAGCUGUGUGUGCCAUGCUGAAAUGCUGUGCAGCCAGCAAGCUUCCCCAGCAGCCAGUUGUAGUGAAACCUGCAGGUGGCUUCUGUGAUAUCUGCAAGAUGGUGGUGGCUUAUGCAGACAAAGAGCUAGAGAAGAAUGCCACGACAGCUGAAAUUGAAGCUUUGCUGGAAAAAGUCUGUCACUUCCUGCCAGAGUCUGUCAGUGAACAGUGUGUGCAGUUUGUGGAACAGUACGAACCCGUGGUUGUGCAACUCUUGGCAGAGGUGAUGGAUCCCACUUUCGUUUGCACUAAACUUGGAGUAUGUGAGUCAGCCAAAGAGCCUCUCCUGGGGAAUGAUGCCUGUGUCUGGGGUCCUGGCUACUGGUGUAAGAACAUGGACACUGCUGCCCAGUGCAAUGCUGUUGAUCACUGCAAACGUCAUGUGUGGAACUAGAAGAAGAAUUUCCAGUUCUGAAAGUUUGCCAUGGCUCUUAGGAAAUGUGGGCCGAGGUUGGCAGAGAGCUGUAUCUCACCUGUCCCUCCUCUCUGCCUCAUUAACAAUUUGACCUUCAAGUUCCUUUGUUGUAACUCUUCUGUAGCAGUGCUGCUGUUGAAGGAUCAGAUUUUCAUUGUUGACUUAACAAAGAUAUUUCUGAUUGUACAGUUUAACCCAUUAUGCUCCUAAAAAUAGUCAGUGUGUUGUAGAUUUUUUUUUUUUUUUUAGUUGAUAGCUGAAGUGGUUUUUUAUGUGCUGGAAAGAAUGACAGAGAUGAAAUGAGUCAAGGCUCUUAUCUUUUAAUUUAAAAAAGAGCAAGAUAGCAACUAAACUUUCAAAUGUCUUUUUGUAGGCAGCAUUGAGAAGAUUUUACAUGCUUUGCAUUUUUAACAUCUGGCUGGAAUGUUUAUUUUCUGUGUGGGAGCUCUAAGGGAUAAUGUUGAAUCUGGGAAUCCUUUCGGCUGGAAUUUUCAGAGCUCUGCAGAUGCAGAGGAGGGGGCUUUGUGUGCCCAGCUAAUUUUCAAAGUAGUUGGUACUUAAAAAGAUGCAUCUGAGUGAUCAGCCUUUUGCAUUUGAGUGACCAGGCUUGUGGCUCAUGGUGUUGUUAUAGCUAAGGAAAACCCUCCCUCAGCUUUCCAUCACGUCCUUCUGAUUUCCUUGGACUUGGUCUCAGCACAGGUGUUCUGCUGCCAAGCCCAGUCCAGUGGGAUGUCAAUCUCCUGAAGCAUGCUGGCUUACCUGAGGAAUGAAUGACUCCUAUUUUUUUUUUUUUUCCUUAUCCUAGUUGCUCAAUUCUGCUUGGUCUUGCAGCUUCCCACAGGCUGGGUGCUGAGGAGGUAGCGUGAGCUGUCGCUGGAAGAUGGAGGAGGAUCAAGUCAGCAGGAGCUGGGAAUAUGUCAAUUUGUCAAGUGGAAUUUGUGGAAAAGCAGGGUUUUAUUGUAACCUGUUUGUUCCCUGCUCUGCUGUUUCUCUCACAGCAUAUUUCAGUCAUCUAAAGCAUGAGAGGUGGUGUGAGGCCUUGGGGCACCUCCCACUGCUGCCCACCCACUCUCACUGACGCCCUGCUGAGUAACUGGAGGUAUGGAUUGUUAUCCAGAGUUCCCAUUUCUGUUGGGAAAUGCAGCAAGCAGAGAUGGUAGGAGCAGUGCAGGUAUUUGAGGCUCUGCUGACGCACUUGACAGCCUGUCUUUCUGAAAUUUCACUUGAAUGGCUUGAAAUUCCCCCAGUAAAAGCCUUCAAGGAAGGCUGCUACCCUGGGAACAUGGCAGGCCCUUGAUGUGAGGGGUCCUUGGGAGUGAGAAUCCUGCUUGUACUGCUUGGGACAGACCCUGCAUUGGGUGUGCACUUCAGAUCAAGUUAAUCCCCAAAGCAAAGGCACUGAAGUAGCUCUGAGGAGACCUUUGGGAAGGAGCAGCUGGGCAGAUGUGGAGCUUUGAAAAUUCCAGUCCUGUUCAGAAAGAUGCUGGUAACUCCUGCUGUUCCUGUGGUGUGUGGGACGUGCAGGAGCUCCAGUAACAGUGCUGUGGCAGCAAGCAGAGUAUUUUUCAUUGGAAAACCACUGGGCUGCAGGUUUUUAGUUGGUACUAAAAGCCUGGGCAGUGCUGACAGAUGGCAACAGAGGCGGUUCUCUCCUGUUUCCUGAAUGGUAAAGCACUCAUGGCUUUAAA